AUGACAUCAAAUGAGAUGAAAUAUUCUCCAAUCAAAAAGUUAUGUCUAGCAUUGGCUUUCUCUAUCCAAAAGAUGAAACACUACUUUCAAGCUCACGUUGUUCGUCUUGUGUCCAAGGCAAAUUCCAUCAAGUUUGUGAUGUACAAACCAGUCCUCAGUGAUCGAUUUGCAAGGUGGUAUCUCCAAUUUCAGCAGUUUGAGAUCGUGUACAUCCUCCAAAAGGCUUUAAAAGGACAAGCAUUGGUUGACUUCUUGGCAGAUCACCCAAUACCUGAUGAAUGGAAACUGAGCAAUGAACUUUCUGAUGAAGAUUCAAUGGCUGUUGAAGUUAGAUCCCCAUGGAAGAUGUACUUUGAUGGUGCUGCACAUCGAGAUGGAGUUGGUGUUGGCGUAGUGUUUGUCACUCCACAAGAGGAGGCCAUCCCCUACUCUUUUACCUUGAUGAAUCAUUGCUCCAAUAAUGUUGUUGAGUAUCAAGUGCUCAUACUCGGGCUAGAGAUGGUUGUCGACAUGAAGCAACUGCAAUUACAAGUUUUUGGUGACUCUCAAUUGGUGAUAAAAAAGUUGUUAGGAAGUUAUGAAGUCAGGAAGCCUGAGUUAAGAUCAUAUCAUGAUUAUGCACGAAAAUGCUCUUUCUUCGGAUUUACACCAUUUGAUAAGUCUGCGACAAAGCUUACAUCGAAUUCCUUGGCUGCAAUAGAAGACUCUAGCUUUGCUUCUUUGGCUUCAUUCUCGACUUCCUCUAAAAGAUGCUCCAAAGCCU